AUGGCGCGCUACACUACACCUUGCGUGAUCGGUUCCGUAAUCGUAUUUGCCACUACCCAGAUAUUGACAACUGUGAUCUACUUCAUCCUCCUCACCAUCAACCUGCGCGCCCUCCACUGGCUGGAGGAGCUGAAGGCCGGCCGGAACAUGCACACCCUGCCGCCACUCGGCCUGACUCACUACAACCUGUCGGUGCGCUACCAAGUCAAGCAGAAUCUGAGGGUGUUAAGGUCCCUUCUCGACCUCGUCGGCAUCGAUCGUCGAGCUAGCACCGCAAACGUCAAUCCUCUAGAUGCAACGACACUUCGAGAAAAACAAAAAGUCGAGACCCAAGCCUAUUUCAAUUACUACGCAGCUGAAUGCAUCAAAAUAUUGUCGAGCACCACAGAGCAAGCACUUCUCGAAUUGCACCUGCCACGUCGACAAAGACAGCGUUUUCCGUAUUCUGUAGUGAUAGUCGGCGUGUUGAUGUAU